CAAAAUUUAUUGUUCCCAGCGUGCUUGUUUCAUUUAAAAUAGACAAGUACUAUUUUCAAAAACUUACUAUUUCUAAGUAAAAUAAAUAGAGUCACAUUUAAAAUUUAGCAGUCUAUAACAAUGUCGCCUAUACUUUUAUUGUUGGUCCUUGUAGGAAGUAUUCUUGAAACAAAUUUAGCAGUUGCAGCACCUCAUGAUACUGCCCGAGCUGAUAAUACAGGUGGUAAUACCGGUCAAUUAAGUUUAGAUGAAAUAUCACCUUAUCGCAAAGAACAAUCUUUUGGUGAUGUCUAUCCACUCGAGCAAUUGCAACCAAACGAACCGGAAUUUGAUGAUCCAAACGAUUCAUCAGAUUCAUCAGAUUCAUCAGAUUCAUCAGAUUCAUCAGAUGAAUCAUCAUCUGAAUCACAUGAAUCGCAUCACUCGAAGAAAAAAGGUGGACGUAAAUGUGAAAAAGAAGUACACGACUGCUGCUGCUGCUGCAAUAAGGAAACUGGAGUAACUGAAGUAACUGGAGGACACGUUAAACACAAAUGUAUAUUCUCUGAAAUAUUAAAAAUGAUAUUUGCGGCGCCCAUGAAAAUCAUUAGCUCUAUUUUGUGCAUGAUAAAACACGUUAUAGCGUUCAAACUAUUUCUAAUAAGUAUGAUACUGAAGUCAAUAUUUAAACCGUGGACCCUACCAUUUAACAUUCUUGCCGUGGUUAAAAAGGUGUUAGGUAUUUUUGGGGGCGGAGAAGUUGGAACAGGAAUUGGAACAGGAAUUGGAACAGGACUUGGGGGAGGAGGUGGACUCGGGGGAGGACUUGGGGGAGGACUUGGGGGAGGACUUGGGGGAGAACUUGGACUUGGGGAAGGACUUGGAGGGGCAGGAGGAAUUGGAAUAGCAAUAUAGUGAGCUAAAGCGGAUAAGGACAACUAUCUUUUGAUGACAACUGGACUAAACUGUGGAUGAUAACACUAUCAUAA